ACUUCUACCAAAGUUGCAGAGAUACACAGACACACAAACGAAGAAGAGAGAGAGAGAGAAACACCCUCACUUCCCAGAUUUCGAUUUUUACUACUUGGAUAUACUUUCGAUAUUCUCGAAGAUUCCGGGAAAAAUGAACUCAGAAUCGUUGGAAAAUCUCCACCGUUCAUUCAUUGAAUCGUCGAAAUCGUUCAUCGACUACCGACUCGAAACUGUGUUAACCGACCGAGAACUGCCGUAUCUCCGCCGUAUUUACCUGGCGAUGAUGAUAGAGAUGAAGUUCCUCUUCUACCUCGCCGCUCCGGCGAUCUUGGUCUACGUCAUCAACAACGGGAUGUCGAUUCUCACUCGUAUCUUCGCCGGGCACGUCGGUAGCACCGAACUCGCCGCCGCUUCCCUUGGUAACAGUGGAUUCAAUCUGUUCACCUACGGUCUUCUGCUUGGUAUGGGAAGUGCGGUGGAGACGUUAUGCGGACAAGCGCACGGAGCUCAUCGUUACGACAUGCUCGGUGUUUACCUCCAGAGAUCAACGGUGGUUCUGAUCUUGACGUGUCUUCCGAUGUCGCUUCUCUUCAUCUUCUCCAAACCGCUUCUAAGCACACUCGGCGAGCCGGAGCAAGUCGCAACAAUGGCUUCCGUCUUCGUCUACGGUAUGCUCCCGGUGAUAUUCGCUUACGCAGUUAACUUCCCGAUCCAGAAGUUCCUCCAAGCGCAGAGCAUCGUCACGCCCAGCGCUUACAUCUCCGCCGCGGUUCUCGUUAUCCACCUUGUCCUCUCGUGGGUCGCUGUGUAUCGCUUAGGGUUUGGUCUCUUGGCUUUGUCUCUGAUUCAUAGCUUCUCGUGGUGGAUCAUCGUCGCGGCCCAGAUUGUUUACAUUAAGAUGAGCCCAAGAUGUCGACGAAGUUGGGAAGGUUUUAGCUGGAAAGCUUUUGAAGGUCUUUGGGACUUUUUCCGGCUAUCGGCUGCUUCCGCAGUGAUGCUCUGCCUUGAGUCGUGGUACUCUCAGAUUCUUGUUUUACUCGCCGGACUUCUCAAGAACCCGGAGAUUGCUUUGGACUCUCUAGCUAUAUGUAUGUCAAUUUCUGCAGUCUCGUUCAUGGUUUCCGUUGGAUUCAACGCAGCUGCAAGUGUGAGAGUAAGCAAUGAAUUAGGAGCUGGAAACCCAAGGGCUGCUGCCUUCUCCACGGUAGUAACAACAAGUGUAUCAUUCUUACUAGCGGUUUUCGAAGCCGUCGUGAUCAUGUCUUGGCGAAAUGUCAUCAGCUACGUGUUUACUGAUAGUCCUAUCGUGGCCGAGGCCGUUGCGGAUUUAUCUCCCUUUUUAGCCAUCACUAUUGUUCUCAAUGGAAUUCAGCCUGUUUUGUCAGGUGUGGCUGUUGGAUGUGGCUGGCAAGCAUUUGUGGCGUACGUUAACAUUGGAUGUUACUACGUGGUCGGAAUACCUAUUGGUUUCGUACUUGGUUUCACCUAUGAUAUGGGAGCAAAGGGUAUAUGGACAGGGAUGAUUGGGGGAACAUUAAUGCAAACCAUAAUCUUAGUGGUUGUUACCUUGAGAACUGAUUGGGAUAAAGAGGUGGAGAAAGCUUCGAGCCGAUUGGACCAAUGGGAAGAGAGCCGUGAGCCGCUUCUGAAGCAAUAAAAAGAAGCAACAACAGUUUUUUGGUAAAAGGUUUUGGGAAUUUGAGGUCAAGUUGAAAUCAAAUUUUUUGUUUCCCUAAAUCUGUGGCCGAGGAUCAUAUUCCAAUUGAUAAAACACUAAUUUUCAAUCGAAAAUGAAUGUUGUUUUGUUGAUUAAUGAGUCGAAUGCGUAUCGGCAAAUCUGAACAUUUUCUUGUUUGAAAGGGAUUUGCGAGUUUAUGUAAUUAACAAAGCAAAAUCAUAUUCAGUAUUUCA